GCGGCUGUGAGUGAUGCAGCGGCGGCGGGCAGGGUUUGAUCGCUAGUGUGGUACGGUGACACCUCUUGUCCUUCAGGCGAGGGAUGAGUGUCUGGGUUAGCUGGUGACAAAUUCCAGGGGCAUGGCGGCUAAUGGAAAGCAAAAGAAUGGCCACGUUGGGGCAGUAAGCAGGAGCGCCCCCUAUAUCAAGGAUAGGACAAAGGAGCAGCAACAGAUGAACGCGCCUAAGAACAAAAAAUCACCCAGUCAUUUAGAUCUAAAUGAAUCAUUUGAGGAGGAGGUGAAAGCAUUUCUUAUUGAUGAAAAACAGCUUCACUUGUAUGACGACCUAACCAAAGUAAACCCAGUGACCACUAGAACAGUGCUUAAAUGUCUGCAAGCGAGAUAUGCUGCAAACAUAUUUUAUACAAAUGCUGGCUGCACCGUGGUGGCUCUUAACCCGUUCCAACCUGUUUUAAAAUUGUACAGCCCAGAUGUCAUGAAACAAUACCACACUGCUCCCCACCCUCAGGAGUAUAAGCCUCAUAUUUUCACUGUGGCUGAACAAGCUUACAGGAAUGUUCAGAGCCAGAUAGAGCCUGUCAACCAGUCUAUUAUUGUCAGUGGAGAGAGUGGUGCUGGGAAGACAUGGACUUCUCGGUGCCUCAUGAGGUAUUAUGCUACUAUUGCUGCUGCGGCCUCCUCACAUUUGACCAAUGAAACAGUAGAGCAAAUAGAGAGCAGAGUUCUUGACUCUAAUCCAGUUAUGGAAGCUUUUGGUAAUGCCUGUACCCUAAGGAACUCCAACAGUAGCCGUUUUGGGAAAUAUAUCCAGCUCCAAUUAAGCAGAACACAGCAGAUUACUGGUGCUUCCAUCCAGACGUAUCUCUUGGAGAAGACACGAGUCGCUCAUCAGUCCCCAUCAGAAAGGAACUUCCAUAUAUUCUAUCAGAUUUCAAAAGGAGCAAACCAGCAGGAGAGAGAGGAAUGGAAUCUUCCAGAAGGGUCAAAGUUCACAUGGCUUCCAAAUCCUGAAAAGGAUCUUGAGGAGGAUUGCUUUAACAUUACCAAAGAUGCAAUGUUACACCUCGGUAUUGAUCAGUCAACACAGAACAAUAUAUUUAGGAUUUUAUCAGGUCUUUUACAUCUGGGAAACAUUCAUUUCAGUGACUCCACGGACGAGAGUCAACCUUGUGAGCCUCUGACUGAAGCCAAAGAUUUUGUUUUAAGCACUGCAAAUUUGCUGAGGAUUCCUGAUGACCACCUAUUGGAUAGACUGCGUAUCAGAACAAUAACAGCGGGAAAACAGCAAGUAUUCAAAAAACCGUGUAAGAAAGCCGAGUGCGACACAAGGAGAGACUGUUUGGCCAAAACUAUUUAUGCCAAAUUGUUUGACUGGCUGGUGACAGUAAUAAAUGAAAGCAUUUGCACCAAAGCUUUCAGAUGGAGCAAUUUUAUAGGGUUACUAGAUGUGUAUGGAUUUGAAUCAUUUCCUGAGAACAACUUGGAACAGUUGUGUAUUAACUAUGCCAAUGAGAAACUUCAGCAGCAUUUUGUGACUUACUACCUUAAAGCUCAACAGGAGGAAUAUGCAGCAGAAGGUCUUGAAUGGUCAUUCAUCAGCUACCAAGACAACCAAAGCUGUGUGGAUCUGAUAGAGGGAAGUCCUGUUAGUAUCUUCUCCUUGUUGAAUGAGGAGUGUCGUCUGAACAGAUCGUCAGAUUCCAAUCAGCUCCAGUCGCGGUUAGAGAAAGCUCUUUCUCAUAACAAAUGCAUCGCGAGGGACAAAUUCAGCGAGAAACCUAAUUUUAUUGUAUCUCACUAUGCUGGCAAAGUGAGAUACCAGAUUGAAGAAAUGGCAGAAAAAAACAAGGACCCGGUUCCUCCUGAACUACUCCAGCUUCUGCAAGAGUCUCAGGAUUGCUUGCUACAAAAGCUUUUUCCAGCAGAAAACGGUAAACAGGUCUCAGUGAGUCCACAAAACAGAGCAGCAGUUGUGACUGUUGUUUCCAAGUUCAAGGGUUCCCUGGAAAGUCUCAUGCAAAUCUUGCAUAGCACAACUCCACACUACAUUCGAUGUAUUAAGCCAAAUAUGGAAUGCCGUGCCAUGGUUUUUAAACAGGAAGAGGUUCUCAUCCAGCUGGAAGCGUGUGGUAUUGUAGAAACCAUAAAUAUCAGUGCAGCUGGUUUCCCUAUCAGGAUUCAGUUUCAGAGCUUUGUUGAACGUUAUGAGAUUAUUGUGCCAACACGAUCAAGGUUGGGGAUACAGAAUCAUGUAAACGGCUGCUCUCCUGCUAAAAAGAGACGAGAUUCUGUGGAGAAUGAAGAUCACUUACGAUUCCUUGCACAGAAUAUUCUUGAUAUUGUGUUAUCCAAACUACAGACAGAAUCCUCAGCGAGUAAUAUACCUGUGCACUGUGGCACUACCAAAAUAUUUAUGACUCAUUCAAUGAUAGAGCUACUUGAAGAGAGAAGGGCAAAGGCACUUUCAAGCAAAGCGUUUUGUAUUCAGUGUUGCUGGAGACAGUACAGACUAAGGAAGCUGGCUAAACAGAGGUGGGCAGCCAUAACCAUCCAGUCAGCUGUGAGAUGUUGGUUAACACGAAAGCACCUUGAAAGAAUGCAUAAAGCUGCAACACUUAUCAAAAGAAUCUGGAAGAAAUGGAAAGAAAAGAUGGAGACUUUAGCUGCCAUGGAAUUGGAUGAUUCAGAAAACCUGGAAAACUUGAAUACAUCUUUGUUAGGAUCUUCGGGUAAAGGUACAGAUACAUCCAAAAUGAAACAAGAAGUUCUGGAACAGCCAUGGACUCGCAGUGCAAUAUUCCACUCUUGGAUCUUUGGACUUGUCCUAUCAAGAGCACCUACCAUUAGAACGGCCAUCUUAGCUGAAAGCUUUAAAAGAGACCUUUAUGUCCUGACUUGCUUGAAUGUUUUGAACAGAAAUAAUGGUUACAAGAUAGAAGCUAACCGGGCAGAACACGGCAUCACAUCAAUCAGAGCACUACCACAGGGAUCCAUCAAGUUUCAUUAUAAAAAGUCUCCUCUUCAAUUUGCAAACAUAUGUCCAGAAGUCUUGACCAAUGGGAUGAAUGGAUUCAACGAAAUUUUGCUAGAAAAGGCAAACUAAAUUGGCUUUUUUAAUAAACAAUAUAUUUUUUCUUUAUAAAAAUGAUAAUGCACUUUUCUUCUCUCUUUGGGAGAUAUCUGAACUGCCUUGUAUUGUAAGCCAAACUCUACAGUAUUCUUUCUUUAUGGGACAAAUUAUAAAAGAGUAUCGAAAUGAGAUCACAGUUAAAACUGAUUAUUCUCUACCUCUGAACUAUAUUGUUGUCUCUUCUUAUAUGUUAUGUAUUCUGUUGGUUAAAAUAGGGACACUAUCAUGCCCAGUAGAUUUUUGCCAGUGAGUAUUCAUUUUUUAAAAGGGACAUGCAACUCAAUUUUUUCUUUCAUGAUUCAGUCAGAUCUAACUGUUUAAAAAAAAAAUUCAGGUUACUACUAUUAUCUAAUUUGUUUUGUACUCUCUGUAUCCUUUGUUGAAAAGCGUAACUAGGUAGGCUCAGGAGCUGUUGCUUGAUGGCUGCACAUAUAUGCCUCUUCUCAUUGGCUUACCCAAUGGGUUCAGCUACCUGCCAUUAUGCAUUGCUGCUCAUUCAACAAAGGAUACCAAGAGAAUGUAGCAAAUUUAAAUAAUAGAAGUAAAUUGGAAAGUUGUUUAAAAUUGUAUGUUCUAAAUCAUGAAAGAAAAAAAAAAUUGGUUUAAUGUUCCUUUAAGGAAUAGACUGCUUCAUUAUAAUUACACACAAUGAGAAAAUAUUGCACUAAGGAAAAACAUAUGUAUAAUGCAGUCAGUCAUUUUAGUGGCACUGAAAACAUACAUAUUUUUUUCAUAAAGAGAAAUGUGAUUGUUUUUUCCCCUUAUUUUUAUAUUCAAUCACUAAUUAUAAAUUACAUUUAAUAUUAUUACCUGUUAUAAAUAUAGUGGUCUAUAUAAUAUCAAUGUUAUUAAUCCAUAUUUUAAAAAUAUAACUUUGUGAUAGCAAUUUGUGAUAUUUAUGAAUAAAAAAAAGAGUUUUCUGA